AGGUGGUAAGCGCACAACAUGAAGCCUCCCCACAGGAAAAGACACUGUGGAAGGCUCGAGGAUGUACGGAGACAAAAGGGUUCUGGAGAGGACCUGAUGGCAGACCAGUAAUACCACCUCAGAUAAAGAGCAAUGGUGGAGGCACAUGGAGUAGGACAUGUGGGAGUCACACAAAUGAUGCAUAAUCUGAGACACUGGUGGCAUCCAUACCUAAAAGACAUGUGUAAAGAACACAUACAAAGUUGUGAACAGUGUGUACAGUACAAUCCCAGACCAACAGUGAAGCCACACCCCGGGCGUUUCCCACUGGAGACUCGAUCAGGUAAAGAAAUAAUAAUCGAUUACACUGACAUGAUCAAUCCAGUAAGGGGGUAUAGGUAUCUCCUCAUGUGCGUGGAUGCCUAUAUGGGGUGGCCAGAAGCGUGGCCAACAAAAAGAGAAGACAGUAAAACGGUAAUUAAGUUCUUAAUAAACCACUAUAUACCGCAACAUGGGUUUCCGGAGAGAAUCCGGUCGGACAACGGAACCCACUUUAAAAACCAAGACCUCCAACAGGUGGAACAGAUGCUGGGUCUGCAGCACAAGUUCGGUACAGUGUACCACCCACAAUCCCAGGGAAAAGUGGAACGAAUGAAUCAAUCAGUCAAAAACAAAUUGGCAAAAAUCUGUGCACAGACCAAAAUGAAUUGGCUCGAUGCGUUACCACUAGCACUCAUGGCCAUUAGGAGCUCCAUUAACCAAAGCACGGGUUUUACGCCAUUCGAACUGCAGACAGGGAGAGCAUUUCCAGGACCUCAGUCUCAGUUACCAGCAGGGGCAGUAGAAAUGUCUGAGCUAACCCAUAAGCUGUAUUUCCAUGAACUGCAAAGUCUCGUUACAGCGUAUGCGAAACAGGUUGGCGACCGGCAGGCGGAAAAACACGACAGCCCUGGACCUGACGUGGACUGGGUGCUCCUAAGAGUCAUCAAGAGGAAGUGGACGGAACCUCGGUGGACUGGACCGUAUCAGGUGACAGAGAGGACAUCACACGCAGUCCGGCUGAAAGGCAAAGGCGAUACCUGGUACCACUGGAGUCAGUGUGCGGCUGCACAGGCUCCCACCCGAUCGCUGAGGAACACACACAGGGACCUGUGUGCAACGACCAAGGCACCGGCGAGUGCUGAAGCAAAGCCCACCUCAACAAAAGGGGCAGAAUAAUCCCCAGGUGGCAAAAGGGGGUGAAGGAGUCGAACCUGAACCCUGACGGAGGAACGGUGAAAUUAGCGCGUUCCUCCCAACAAGUAGCGUGCCAAGCUACCAACGCAAGCGUCAGAUCAAGAUCCGGACGACAUCAAUGAACAACAUCCAGUUGAUAACGUAUAUUGUGUUCUUAAUUAUCGUGUUUUUAUCCUUUGGUGACCCCGACGUGAUUUGAACACGCAACCUUCUAAUCCGUCCGCAGUUUAAAUGUUUGAUUUUAUACGCUGGGCUAGCUUGUGUUGAUCUCUUUAUAGAGAUAAGAAAGGGGAAUAACAAUUUUUUAUUUACUUAGUUUAGGUUGAUCUCUUUGUAGAGAUCAAAAGGGGGAAUUGUGGGAACAGUAAAAUGUAUGCGUGCUUAUGAGUGCUUUAAUAAUCAGGUUUAAUUACCAGAAGUGAUUCAAUAUGCAAAAUAUGGGACAUAAUCAAUGGAACAGAAUACACUGAACAUGUACUGUGUGCAGAAGUGGAAAACACUGGAAGGCCGAAUGAUAUGAUUGUAUUGAGAACAACUUGUACUUAAAGGUCACCAUGUAUUUUCUGAAGAUGUCUCGCGGGGGAACAGGACGCGCCGGACCACAAUCUAACAGAGAAAGUGUGUCAAAGAGGAGAAGUAGAUGAGCCUAUCAGGAGUAGACAAACACCUUAGACUGUAGGAAUAGAAAAGAACUGCCCCCGCGAAGGCAACUGAGAUCCAGACUCAUAUCUUUGUAUGUACUGUGGUCUCCACACUCUGCAGACUGUGAAUAAAUACUCGUACUGGA